GCUUGAAAUUUCAUCUUUUUCAAUCAACUUGGAGCAAGUUGAUUUGAACUAAUGAUGGAAUUGAAAUGAUUUGAAUAUUUACACAGCUAACACACAUUAAUCUCUUUGAACUUUCUUAUCUAAAUUCAAUAGUUAUGUCCUCAGCAAGUUAUCUAAUACUUCUUGACCAGUUAGUUUUGCUCUUUCCCUCAUAAAAGUGUGCAAUCAAGAUGAUCGAGCUUGAGGAUAUCAGUAUUGUAGAGGAAAAAAUUAGUCAAAGUAUGCUGGAUGAAGCGCCAGGUACACAAGAAGGGCAAAAACUUCCACAGUACUUAGUGACACUGUCAGUUGGUAUUGUUGUCAUUUCUGGUGGUACAACGAUUGGAUGGACUUCACUAGUUAUGGCUUAUCUCACAUCUCCAGAUUCACCCUUUACUCUCACUAAAGACCAGGCUUCUUGGACAGGAUCACUGUUGCCUAUUGGUGCCUUUUUCGGUGCGAUUCUAGCAGGACCAAUUGCUAAUAUUAUUGGGCAAAAAUUAGCUAUAUUGAGUACAGGACUACCUCUUGCCCUUUCAUGGUUGCUGAUUUUUACUGCUAGAAGUGUUACUUGGCUUUUUAUUGCAAGGUUUGUAGCUGGAAUCGGGUUAGGUGCGGCUUGCGCCCUUGUACCUACAUAUAUUUCUGAAAUUGCUGAAAAGAGUGUAAGAGGGGUUUUUGGAACAGCUUUCCAGCUAUCACUAGUUUUUGGUAUUGUCUAUGCUUAUGUAACUGGAGCUGUUUUAUGUUACAAUAAUCUCUCAAUAGCAUGCGGAAUUCUUCCUUUAUUAUUUUUUCUUGCAUUUUCCCAAGCACCAGAAUCUCCAAUGUACCUUUUAAGGAGAAAUAAGAAGAUACAGGCUGAAAAAUCAUUGCGAACAUUAAGAGGAAAUAAAUAUAAUGUAUCGAAAGAACUCAGUGACAUAGAAAAAGAAAUUGUGAAUCAAGAAAAGACAAAGGUUUCAUUUUUUCAAGCAGUUUUUAACAGAACUAGCGUAAGGGCUUUGACGAUUUGCUUAGGAUUGAUGGUAUUCCAGCAAAUCUCAGGUAUAAAUAUUGUUACAUUUUACUCAGCAUCUAUAUUCAAAGAUGCUGGAAGUUCGCUGAAACCAGAAUACGCCACUAUAAUUGUAGGUGUUGCACAAUUAGUUGCCACUAUUCCUUCUUCAUUGUUAGUUGAUAAAGCCGGGCGAAAGAUGCUACUUCAACUAUCAUCGCUGGUGAUGGCCAUUUCUUUAUGGGCAUUGGGAUUUUAUUUUCUCAUGAAAGACAGGGGCAAUGAUGUUUCUUCUUACAGUUGGAUACCGUUAAUGUCAGUAGUUGUGUAUAUAAUCUUCUUUUCUGUUGGGUUUGGACCUAUUCCUUGGAUAAUGACAGCUGAAAUAUUCCCACAAGAAAUAAAAGCAGUCGGAUGUGGACUAGCCGUUGUAGUGAACUGGACAAUGGUAUUUGCAGUCACCAAAUUAUUCCAGCCGCUUCUAUUUUAUAUUGGCACAGCCUAUACUUUUUGGUUAUUCGGGAGUGCAACUUUUGUCGGCUUGGCCUUCGUCUUCUUUUUGGUAAUCGAAACAAAAGGAAAAAGCCUAGGCCAAAUUCAAACUGAAUUAUGCGGAAAAUAGAAUUAUCCAUGAAGAUUAUUUAAUUUUAGGACUAUAAAUCUACAAUUGUGAUACAUAUGUACUUGCUUAAUUUUUCAUUGCUAGCGUUGGUUUUUUAAGAAUAAAAUGUAUUCAAUGA